AUAACGAGAACUAUACAUGUAGACUGUGCAGGGGCUUCGGUUCUGUGUCUUUCCUCCUCCUUUCGCUGUCCUAUAGCUUACUCUAUUCUGCAAUUAUGCUCUAAGAGACCUGACUUUCUCUACUUAUUUCUUUGCUUAAAGUGUGCGAAAUACUCGGGCUUUCUGAAUCCCAAGUUACAAGAUCCGUUCUUUAUUUUCAUAUGGAAGUUCGCAAAGAGGGUAAUGAACGUUUAUCUGUACCAGCAUUUGGUGAGUGGGAUGGAAAGGUGGGUCUACCAGAUUACUCAAUUGAUUUUUCUAGGAUUCGAGAACAUCGGAGGCAGAACAAGAGCCGGGUGAGCCUUGGGAAUGAGGACGAGCUCCUAAACCGUACUAGCAUAAAUGGUGACCAGAGUGUUGAGUCCCUUAAAAAGAAUCUCCCACUUCAUCAGCAGCAUGGUAACUCCACUGUG